ACCUCUAUAAAAUCUCAAAACCCAACUCCUUUACUUCUCCACAAUCAAAUUAUCUAAAACAAAACACUUCAAACGCAAUGGCAAAACAAAUAUUCUACGCUCUCUUUCUAACCCUCUUAUCCACGACAAUGCUCACCGCGUCCUCAGCCCCCGUAGCCGCUUCGAAACGCGCAAUAAACUUCGUGCAAUCCUCUUGCAAAGCCACCACAUACCCAACCGUAUGCGUCAACUCUCUCUCCAGUUACGCCAACUCCAUCCAAACAAGCCCUCGACGUCUAGCUGAGACCGCACUCACCGUGACCGUGAGCCAGGCCCAAUCCACAAAGCUCUUCGUCUCCCGCUUGGCCCGUUUCAAGGGUCUCAGGAAACGAGAGGUUCAAGCCAUUAGGGACUGCCUUGAGGAGAUCAAUGACACUGUUGACCGUUUGACCAAGUCCAUCCAAGAAAUGAAGAUGUGUGGUAGUGCUAAAGGUCGUGACCAGUUCUGGUUCCACAUGAGCAACGCUCAGACUUGGACCAGCGCUGCUUUGACUAAUGCCAACACUUGCUCCGAUGGGUUCGCGGGUCGAAUCAUGGAUGGCCGGAUCAAGAACUCGGUCCGGUCCAGGAUCGUGAAUUUGGGUAGAGGAACUAGCAACGCCUUAGCCUUGAUCAAUGCCUUUGCUAAAAAAUACUAAAUAAAUUACUACUUUUCUCUUUGUUUCUUAAUUAUGUAAUUUGAGGUACGGAUAUAUGUGAAAGCUUGAGGGAAUCUUGAUUCUUGAAUUGUUUCGUGCAAAUCCUUAGUUUUUCUGGAUAUAUAAAGUUUUGAUUUUUGUUAAGUC